AUGGGAGUAAUUGAGGGUUCAAAUGGCGCUAUGGACAAUGAUAUAAAAGAUCUGAAGGAAAGCCCCCCAUUUCAGAGAAGGGGUAUACCUGGUGUCAACUCGGAUGCUUAUCAUUUUGGAUACUUAGAUGAUCAAAUGGUGAAUUACAGAUCAAAACCCCCUGUUCACACAAAGUAUGAUUCGUUGCUUGAAACCCUAUAUAUAUUUGGUGCUUUGUUGUUCAUAACGUUGAUAUUGACUGGAUUUUGGUUUGGUUGCAGGGAGUACCAGUAUUCAUUAAAAAGGAAGAAGCGUUUGCAGUCAUCAGGAUCAGAUUGGACAUCAAGGUCACAGAUUUCUAUUGAUGAUAUUACAGGAAGAAUAAAUAAUGCAGAAAUGAUUCAAGGUCAAACAAACCCAGCAUAUCCAACCCUACAACAAAACAAUACAAGCUUAAUAAAUCAUCAAAAUAUCUUAUCCACGGGAAGAAGAUUUUCACAUACUCAAGAAGAAAUGGAAAAUAGAGAUAUAACGUUGGGUGACACUUUUGAAGGGGAUUUGCCUGACAAUGAAAAUUUGGAUCUGUCUUGCUCUCCAUUACACGUUGUCCAAAAUUCUAUAACUUAUUCACUCAAUUCAUUAGAAAAUCUUUUACCAGAGCAUGAUUUACUUAAAUCUUCAAAUUUGAACAAAAGAAUAUAUUCAAUAAGUGAGUUGUAUUACUUGAAACCAACAGAGCACAAUGGACAACCAAUCAUGGAAGAUCCAAGAUCUUUGAAUUUGAGGAAAGCAAUUGAGCUAUCGAUUCCGUAUCAACAUGUAUCAUUUCACUCCCCUUGGACAGCUGAAAAAACAAUUAAAGAAAUUGAAGAAAUUUCGGUACACGAGGGUCCUUCUCCAAUCCUUGAUAAUGCUACCAAAGGAAUUGCAAUAUUAAGAUUCAUAGCAAUCAUUGCCAACUCACACACAUUAAACAACCCAAAUAUAUUUCUUCCAAGUCUUAACAACGCAAUAGAAGAGCUCAUUGACACAGGUAAAAUAUUCAGCUUACUGUUAAGAACAAAUGCUUAUAAUUUCAGGAGCUUAGUCGAAACGAUGUUACAAUAUUGUUAUGCCCAUUGGGUAAUGCAUUAUGAACAAAAUGGUUCUUUCAUCAGAACACAGUUUGCUAAAUGGAAGAUCAAUUCACCAAUAAUAAUGCCUCAUUAUGUUAUAGUUCGAUACCUUAUUAAUUUACAGAUUGCCUCACUUAGCUCAGCACAAACACUCGGCUCAGAAAUUUUACAGAAUUUUCAAAUCAAGAUACUGAUUUUAUUGAAAGUUUUCUUCAACAAUGAUGACUGUAAUGAUUUAUCAGGAUUUAUACCGAUCCUAACACAAGCUAUAGAUUUCACAGAAGAUUUCUCCAGUCAGAAACUAUUUUAUGAAUUGAUAUAUAUAAUGUUGAAAAGACACUCCAAGUGUUGCCUAGAGAAUCAAUUAAAAGAUUAUGAGCUUGAUUUGAAAAGAACAGUUCAAAACGGAUUCUGGAUAAAAAAUCAUGGAGAUAUUCGCCUGAUGGCCACAAAGAUUCAUAUGGUUAUUUUAGAGUGCCAACCAAGUGCCAUGUCGUAA